UUCUCCAAAACAAGAAUCUAUAAGAUCAGAAAGUAGGUUGAAACAGGAAAAAGGUGAUGAAAAACGCUAUCAUCAGAAAUUUCCUCAUGAGGAAAAAACUACUUAUGAUGUCCAGAAGAUGCAUUUGGACAAUGAAAGUCUGUUAGCAAAUGCAAUGGCAACUCAAAACUAUCAUCACAUGACACAAGCUCAAUAUGCUCCUUUUCCUUGGGAAAGAAUUCCUUGGAGCAAAAGUAUAUAUUAUGAUAACAAGAGAGAUUUUCAGGGCUACCAUAUGAUUCCCCAGUUUCCCCCAUUGGAUAUGUUACCAAAACAGCCUAGUUGUGAGAAGGAAAAACAUCCUCCGAAGUCGCAUCGUCAUUCAAGUCAAAGUAGCAGCAGUAUGAGGCUUAAAGACGGCAGCAAGCAGGAGAGUAGAGAAAGGCAUUCUUCACCUAAGAAAGAAGAGAGAAAUAAAUCAAAAAUUGAUCAGGACAUUUAUGGUUCCAUGAAAAUAAGUGGUGACACUCAAAAAUCUUCGAGUUGUUCUUUCAAUUCCCAGAGUUCAAGUAAACAUAAUAUUCCGAAUGUCCCAAAUAAUAUAGAAAAGAAUGAUAAAGGUAAAGUAGAGCUAGAACCAAAGCUUGAUACACCGACACAUCAAAUGCAACAUCCUGCGAAACCAACUAUGCCCACCCCAACAGAUUUACCAUCAAUGGGAGUAUAUACUCCAGAUUCUACAACCAACUCUGUCAUGAGUAUGCACUACGGACAGUGUGAAUUGGAUGGUACUCCUAUGAGCCUCUCGUCGCCUGCAUCUGUUUCUAGCGAUAUGAAUUCACAAACUUCUGUGGAACCUGUGAGGCCUCCUUCUGCUGUUGCUACAAAUCAGACUUCGUCAACACAGCAGACACCACAAACCAACUACGAUUGUUCUGUUCAGCAUAACAUGCAACAGAACUUACAGUCUGUUACUGUGUCAAGCCCAAACGUUACUCAAACAACUAUGCAAAUGAGUCAGACUAACCAGUCUAUGCAUCAAAGCACAUCCAGCAAACGGCAAGUACAACAGCAAAGAAACAGAUCAAAUACUCCAUCAAAUAAACAACAUGCCAUUAGUCGGUCCACACCACCAAAUACAAGUCAACAGGUUCAGCAAAGCAGGCAAAGAUCAACUCCUCCAUGUAGUACACAACACCUCCAACACAUGCAGGCUAGUCCUACCACACAACACACAACAAUGCAGCAGCAACAUCAUAAUACCCAGCAGUUACAACCUCACUUACACCAGGUUGCCGUGCAUCAGGGUUACCAGUAUCAGCUGGGACCUUCUCACCAGCAUCCCCAUCAUAGCCAUCAUCAUACAGUGAUCAGUAGCCAAGGCAAUUAUAUUCCACUGGCAGUGACUACUCAAGCUUUCCCCCCACAACCAACAAGUACCUGCGUUAAUGUACCUCCAAUGACGACAGUCAUACAGCAUAGUAUGAGUACUCAACAGGGUGGAAUAAGUCCUUUGAAUACUCUUGGCGCAUCUCAUCAAAAAUUAUCUUCUAGUCCAAGUUGUGCUGUAACAUCUGGAACCAAUUUUUAUAUCCAGACAAAUUCUCACGCCCAUUCCCAUACCCCCGGACCAGCUUCUACCCCGUCUCCUAAUCAGCGUGCAAAUACUGGUCAAGCUGGAUCUGGCAACGCAAGUUGUAGCUUGGCUAAGUUACAGCAGUUGACGAAUGGCCUUGAAAUGAUGCCUUCUGUAUGUAAUACAAUGACUCCUUCUCCUACUGCUGCUAUGACACUAACUCCACCUCCUACACAUCCUCACGCAACUCCACCUCCUUCGCACCAGAUGCUACAAAACCAAACUGUUAGAAACUUGACACCUCCUUCUUCGAUCCCUCCGAAUCUUCAGCAACCGGUGAUCAGCUACCACAAGUAUUAUCAGACCAAUAUGAAUGUCAAUCAACUUGGUGGUACAGUUACACCUCCAAUUGGUCAGAAUCUAGGAAGACCUAGUAGAAACGCUAGUAACGUAGCUGCUAUGCAGCAUAUGCAAACGUACAACAUGAAUAGUUAUCCGAUGGCCACACAGCAAACCCCUGGUUCUGUGACAGGUUACAUAACCAAUACACCUGGUUUCAAUCAGAUACCAAUGCAGAUGAUGAACAUGGCUCAAACACAGUAUCAGGAUCCAACGUUACAAAGAGCCCAACAUAACACCAUGUAUAGAGCUUAUAUAAACGGCAUUAUGCAGCCUUUGAAUGGAACAAUGAGACGCUAAUUUCAGUUUAGCCUUUCGACUGAUGUUAGCAGUUGUAUCAACGAUUCUAUAGGUUGAAUCUAAUGUUAUCCGGUUUUAGAAAUCCAACAUAUUAAAGUGUUGUGUUCUAGUUUUGGUCCAACCAUCAGAACUGGGGCAUCACAUCCUGAUGAUGGUAACGUUGUUAUUGAAACACGUGUCGAAGUAAGGUGCUCUAGUUAUGGUAUAUCAUAAAAGUAUUUUCAUUAGACUUUUAAUAUAUUGACUUUCCAAUAGUAGAAAAGAACAUUUUCAUAAUGCUGGAAAGUUACUUGUCACUGUCAACAAAUUUGUGAAACAAACACCAAGAAAUAAUUUUCUAUAAAGUUGAAUCUGUAUUAUCUGUAAGUACAUGCUUUUUUUGGUAGCACCUUUACUUGUAAUUAUUGUGCCCCAAAAUUUUGACAAAGGAGAAGAGUUGAAAGUCCUAUUUUUACUGAAAGAUAUAUGUAUAUAAGAGGAAUAAGUGAUCAAGAACUAUUUUAAUUUUUGGUGGAAUUUGUGUAGUGAUACCGAAAAUAUGAAGCUAUAGCAUGUAUUUUGUAAAUGCAUGAGUUAUAGUGUUAAGCUUUAAAAAAGUUAUUUAGAAGUCGAGUCCAUUAUUUAAAAAAACUUGGAUUUGACUGUAGAGCACCAUUGCAUUAGUAAUUUAAGAAGAAAUUCUUUCAAAAACAGUUGUGAGAACUUUAAUUUUGAUGAGAAUUUGGCUGUGCAGGCUUAUGAUCUGUUUGUGUAAUAAUUGUAUAUUUCCAGUUGUUAAUAUUUUUCAUUUUUCAAUUGUUAUUUGGUCUUGACUAAGGUGAAUAUUUUAUAUGUGAUGCUGAGUUUUCAACUACAAGAUCUCUCCUUGGAUUUACUUUAGGUACCCUUUACCUAAUAUGAAUUAUUUAUUGCAAAUUGUAAAAUAUUUCUUGAAUUUUGUGAGAGACUUGGUCGAUUGUAUACACCUUUUUUUGAAUUAUGUUAUACUUGUGUUGAGAUGAGAAAUUCUUUGAAAUGAAUAAUUUUUUGCCUCAUUUUAAUUGUUGCACAGCAGUGUGAAUUGGAUUUGUUUGAAACAAAAUUUGUUAACUAACAUUUUGCUGUAUGUUUUACUUUUGUAUAACUAAUACAUAUAUGAUAUUAAAAAAUAGUUUUAAAUAUA